AUGAAGCGUACCAAUCCCUACAGUGGACCUGGCGCACAGGCUCAGGGAGCGCCUCCACCAGCCUAUGGACAGCCUCCUCCCCCUGCUGGUCCUGCACCGCCGCUACCUGCUUCCGGUCCGUCUCAAACUGCUUACGCUAACUAUGGGUAUGGUUCUGUUGCACCUUCACGUCAUGCAGCUACUCCAUUGAAUAGCGCUGGAGCGAACGACGUGCAGCAACACCAAUGGAACCAGCAGUGGCCGCAACCACAGCAGCAGCAGUACUAUCCCCAGCAGCAGCAGCAGCAGCAGCAGCAGCAGCCAAACGCCGUGGGCGCACCGGGCAUAGGCCAAUUUGCUGCUCCUCGUCCACCUUCCCAGUCCGGUCCCUAUCGUGGCGCGCCUGCUCCCAGUGCUCAGAAUGCAGCGUAUAGUCCUCACCAACCACAGCAACCCGUGUCGUACUCGUACCAACCCCAGGCUCCUUUGCAGCAGCAGCAGCAUCAACCGUCGGCACCUCCCAAUUAUGGUUUUGCUCCCUCGAUGCCACCGCAUCAGCACGUUGCUCCUUCCUCCGCUGCCAACAGUAUCACACAGAACUGGCCUGGUGCUUACGCGCCUGGCAACCAGGGAGGUCCACCAUCCAAGAAGCCGCGCUACCAGGCCUCUCCCAACCUUGUUGCAUCGCCUGCGGCUCCUUAUGGACCAACAGGUGGAGCACCUGUGGCACCCGUGGGCAUGAACGCUCCCGGUAUUGCGAUGAACCAAUACUCGCCUCAGCAGCAGUAUGGCUGGCAAGGCCCGAAUGCACCUCCUGCUCCUCCUAUGAACCCGCAGCCUGUUCUAGGUCAUCCAGCUCAACAUGGCCGCGUGCCUUCUGGCAGCGGUAUGCAUGCCAAUGCGCCGGGACAUGGCGCUUCUUUUGCUCUUCCUGCCAGGAGCGAUAAAGGUGCAAAAGGAAUGGGUAGCGUCGCCGCCGCUAACGGUCGUGGCGUGUCUCGCAACGGCGCUCAGAAUCGUGGAAUUUUGCCACAAGGCCCGCCUAGCCAACGCGCUGGUCUUCCCGCUAAUCCCACCGCUUCGGUGAACUCCGCACGCGCACCGCAUGGCCAGACUCGAGCAUGGGGAUCCAAGGCAUUAGCUGAUUCCGUAAAUGAUGGAGGCACUGGUAUUCAAGUCGGUCGCCGGGUCUCUUCCGCAAGCUCUGUGCACAGCGACAAGAAUGCUGCGGGUGGCUCUGCAAGGAAGCUGAAUCCGAGCUCGCAGGGCAUGAUCCCGCCGGAUGCUCCACGUGGUCCAAACAAUGUUAGGAACAAAACAGCGACCGGAGUGUCAGCGGCAAGUUCGCAGACAUUGAAGAACGGUGAUGCUGCUGCAGCGCAAGGUGCUCGCGGCCCUCGCGUCGGUUCAAAGAUCGCAGGUCCAACUGGCUCGAGCUCCGGUGAUGUUGUCGAAGUCAAGGGCAUAGCAGCCAGCUCGAAGCGAGCUCACACUGACUUUCGCAUCCUCGGUCUGGAGAUCAAGCAGCUCGACUGGUCUUGGUUUGCUUCGCAGGCCAUGGCUGAGGACGCAGAGGCUCCUCCCAACCCUAGCGAGGUUCUGAAGCAGAGUGAUGCCGCGACGAGCGGAGCCGCUGCACAGAGUGCGUCUACCCCUGUGGAAAACUAUUCCGCUGAAGCAGAGCCAGCAGAGGCAAAGAACAGCGCCCAAGACGAUAAGAGGAGCAACGACCAAGCGAAAGAAACCGAAGAUCAACCUGCUGCCGACGAUGAGCACGCGAACGAAGAGCGUCAGGAUCACGAUGAGGAGAAUCUCGAUCACAACGAAGAAGCCUCCGAUGCAGAAGACGACGCAGACCAGGACAACGAUGUGGACGCUGAUGCUGAUGGCGAUGGUGACCAAGACGCUGACGGUGAUCUCGAUGCAGACGCCGAAGAAGACGUCACCAUGUCCCAUGCCGACACGGACACGGUCGCUUCCGAGCAACAGCAUUCGGUGGCACCCACUCCUGAGCCUAGCUCUGAAUCGUCGAAGGCUGCGAAGCCCGCGACCCAGCCAGGCAAAGCGUCCAAGGCCGAGCGUGCAAGGACGCUGGCCAGCAUGCGCGAUUCUACGAAGCUCCGUUUCUGCUUUGCUGCCAUGUCAAAUGCGGGCCCUGAAGGGGCUCCUACCGGUCCCAAGUCCGCCAAGAUCCAAGAGGCCAAGGUCGAGGCUGAGAGUGAUGUUCAGGAUGAGAGCUCAGCCGAUCAGUCCGAGGUGGUUGUGAGGGAAGCGUCAACAGAGGAAAGCCACGCUGAAGGGGAAGGUAGCGUGGAGGUGGCCACCAAGGAGAGCGUACCCGAGUCCAAGGAGGAUUCGAUGCCGGAAGGCAAGGAAAGUGAGGUACAGGUCGCCUCUGACGACGUGCAGCCGGAGGUAGCUUCGUCGCUUCGUCAGAGCCAGCCUGUGCAGCCUGUCGAAGAGGCAGCGGCAGCUGCCGUCGAUAGACACAUCGGGACCAAGGAGGAGGCACCUGUCAAAGCGGAAGAGCAAGCGAACGAGGAGAAAGAUGCCAAGAAGGCCGACAACGAUCCGACUGCUUCCAAGGGCAAGAAGCUCCGCUCGGCAACCGAUUCGGAGCCACCUGCAAAGGGACCACCUCAGCUGUCGAUGAACCGCAUUUUCCUGUCGUUCGCUGCCAACAGGAAGCGUCUCGCCAUCGAUGCCGAGGCAGUCAAGUCGGUCAAGAUUCAUCGGUCCGAGCAUUGGAUCGAGAUUCGCAUUGAUGCUAGCCGUCAAGCUGAUCAGGCCGCGCCGAGAAAGGGGGAGGGAUACCUGGUGUGCAGAGGCACUUUGCUGGAAAAACGAACGAAGGGGCAGGAAAAUUACACCGCAGUCACGCGUAGCCACAUCGCCGCCGCCUGGGAAACAGCUGCAACCGACUCCAAGCUGCCCGGCACCGAGCUCGCAGACGACGAGCACCUCGAGCUGCCCCCCUUUUUCCGCCUUGACGAUGCGUCAACCGACUUGGUGCUGCAGGUGCAUCUUGAUCCUUCCGCUCCGCUCCCCGAGCCAGCGUGGCUGCGCACAAACGACAUGCACGAGCUGCUGGCGAGCCUGCAGCGUGGCAGCAGUGCGAUUGCCGGCAAAUCGGAGACAGCCGUGUCGGUGGGGACGGCGCAGCAUGUGUGGGCGGGCAAGAUCGAGGUGCUGGACCCGGACCCGCCGCCGUCGAUGUCGACGUUGCUGUCUGAGUGGGUGAGGGAGUCGUUUAUUGGGAGUCAGAGGGAGAGGCGUAAAUUUGUGGACGAGCUGUUGGGGAAGAAGGGCAAGGUGCGUAAGGCGGCAGGGGAGGGGAAGGAAGGGUUGGCACAGGUGAAAGUGGAGGGAGGGGAGGAGGCAGAGGCAGAAGCAGAGAUGAUUACAGUUGCAGGCGAGAAGGGGACCAAGGUCGAAGGAGACGAAAGGGAUGCUGAGGGGGAGGAAGAGGCGGAUGCAGAACGCGACGCACGAGUCGCGCGUGCCUUUGUCGAGAUCGUCCUGCGUCUCAUCAAAGGCGAGCGCGUCCCAUCCACUUUUUCCGAAGGAAGCAGCUUCGCUCAGGCGCUCACCUCGGUGUCAUACACAUCGUCGGCGACGUACCCGGGUCUGUUCAUGCUCGGCCUGCUCGACCUUGCGCUGCACGACCCGGCAUCGGCGGCGCGGGUGAGAGCGCAAGUGGACGGCCUGCUCAUGGAGAUGCCGCGGGCAAUGGUGGUCAAGGCACUCGAUCUGACGUGGAAGGAUGUGAUGGAGGGUGGGCGGAAGGGUGGCAGUGCGGGAGGGGGUGCGGGGGUGGGCAGGGGAGGUGUGCAGCGCAAUCAACAUCGGCACCAGCAGCAGCAGGGGCAGGAGCGCGGUCGACACCAUCACCAUCAGCACCACCGUGCCGGCGGAGGUGGUGGUGGUGGAGCGGGACACAUGCAUCCAGGAGGCGCUAGACACGGCAAGCGCAAACGUGGUUAG